AUGACUGGCUCUCCUGGCCCUGGUGGGCGUGCCUUAGUGCCAUGGCCAAGGAUGUGGCGGUGGGUCCUGGCUGCUUCUUUGGUUGCCAAUAUAACCUUGACGCUGCCAGGAAGUAGCCAGGCCUGUCCGCCACGGUGCGAGUGCUCGGCUCAGCUGAGGUCAGUGUCGUGCCAGCGGCGGCGGCUUACCAACAUCCCAGAGGGAAUCCCCACCGAGACACAACUUCUGGACCUCAGCAAGAACCGGCUCCGCUGGGUGCAGGCAGGUGACCUGGCACCGUACCCGCGGCUGGAGGAAGUGGACCUCAGUGAGAACCUCAUCGCCACAUUGGAGCCCAAUGCCUUCGCCACCCUCCAGAGUCUUAAAGUGCUGAAGUUAAGGGGGAACCAGCUGAAGUUAGUGCCCAUGGGGGCUUUCGCCAAGCUGGGCAAUCUGACCAGCCUAGACCUGAGCGAGAACAAGAUGGUGAUUUUAUUGGACUACACCUUCCAGGAUCUGAGGGGUCUAAAACAUUUGGAGGUUGGAGACAACGACCUGGUUUACAUCUCCCACAAGGCGUUCUCAGGGCUGUUGGGGCUGGAAGAUCUCACAAUAGAGCGCUGCAACCUGACAUCCAUCUCUGGCCAGACCCUGUCGUACCUACGCAGCCUGGUCACCCUUCGCCUCCGUCACCUCAGCAUUAUCGCGCUGGAGGACCAGAACUUCCGCAAGCUCUCUAACCUGCGGGGUCUGGACAUCGAUCACUGGCCGUACCUGGAGUACAUCUCACCUCUUAGUUUCCAGGGCCUGGACCUCCGCUGGCUCUCCAUCACCAACACCAACAUCACCUCUGUCCCCUCCGCUUCCUUCAAAAACCAGGUGCACCUCACCCACCUCAACUUGUCCUACAACCCCAUCACCACACUAGAGCCCUGGGCCUUCAAGGACCUGCUGAGGCUGAAGGACCUCAUCAUGGUAAGCACAGGGUUGAUGACAGUGGAGCUCCAUGCCUUUGGUGGCCUUCGACAGAUCCGGGUCCUCAACUUCUCCUCCAACGACCUGCAGACUCUUGAAGAGGGCUCCUUCCACUCUGUCAACAGUCUGGAGACCCUCAGAGUGGAUGGGAACCCCCUGAUGUGUGACUGCCGUCUGUUGUGGAUCCUGCAAAGACGCAAGACCCUCAACUUUGACGGCAGAGUGCCGGUGUGUGCGGGGCCGGUGGAGGUGCAAGGGGUCAGCCUCAGCGCCUUCACCGAUUCUGCACUCUUCGAUCACUUUACAUGCCAGAAACCUAAGAUACGCAACCGUAAGCUGCAGCAGGUGAUCGCUCGUGAGGGCCAACCUGUGAAUUUUCUGUGUCGAGCCGAAGGAGAACCUGCACCUGCUAUUGUCUGGAUUUCCCCACAGCGCAGACGGAUCACAGCUAAGAGUUCAGGGCGCAUUACUGUUCUCCCUAGUGGCACCCUGGAGAUCCGCUACGCCCAGCUUACUGACAGCGGGACAUACAUCUGCAUCGCUAGUAAUGCCGGAGGCAAUGACACCUACUUUGCGACCCUCACAGUGCGUGGACAACCACUAGACGCCGCCUCAGCCUUCUUUCUCAACCGCUCGCUGUACGGUGGCGAGUUCUUCAACGACACAAAUCUGAACAACACUCGUGUUUUCCUCAAGUUCACCUUGGACCUGACCACCAUCUUGGUCUCCACGGCAAUGGGUUGCAUCACCUUCCUGGGGGUGGUCCUCUUCUGUUUCCUGCUGUUGUUCGUGUGGAGCCGGGGACGCGGCCAACGCAAGAACAACUUCACAGUGGAGUACUCCUUCAGGAAAUCUGAACCCGUCACCGGCAGCUCCUCGGGAGGGACGAGGAAGUUCAACAUGAAGAUGAUAUGA